GUUCCAUCCUUUAGCCUACGUUGUAAAGCUGAAGAUCGAAAUGUCCAUGGCUGAACUUAUCGCCCAUGUCGCUCGAAACCAAGACAAUGGACCUGUACGCUUCAACAACCCUGAGAGCUCAUCAAACGGCACCCUCGGCGGCAAAGGCUAUACCUUCAACACGGCAACCAGCCAAAGCAAACGCGACUCAAUCCAGAAAACGCCCGUACCGGCCGGCGACGUUGAGCUCGGUAACAUCAGACCCCAGUCUGUCGAAGCCAUGCACAACCACUUUGGCAUCAUCGAGGAGGAGGAAUCAAUGCACCAUGACCAUGAAGAUGAGACAGGUUUCGUCGUCCACAGACAUGAUGAAGUAACCGUGGAAGUCGAAAGCGCACCUUCGGAACGCUCUGGAAAGACGGAUGGGCAGGGCGAGAAUUUCGACUCCAGACGACACACUUCAGACAGCGAUGAGGCGCCGUUGCGUAAACCCACUAACAACAUGGGUCUCAACACAAAGGUCUGGGGUCGCUACUAGGAGGCAUACGCUGCAGGUGUUCGGAACCACAUAAUACAAGACCGACGGACUGGACUCGACAGGACCGAGGUUUCACUUUCCUUUGUCAUUGUAGGCUGACAGGCACUACACUUCUGCUUUAUAUUUUCGACGAUAUGUCGUCACUCUGUGAUACCCUCUAAGUUAUAUAGUAU